ACAUAUCAUUCGUCUCUUGUAGAGUACACCACGCACGCGAGUUCUCGUGGAUUGAACACCGAUAAAUAAGCCGAUUCCGAAACCAAUCAGUCUGCUGGUAGAGGUGCAUAUGUGAAACCAGCCGACAAAUUUUUGUGUCUGCUCUUUUUUUUUUGGAAGUGAAUUGGGCUCUGACAAUCAUGGAAAUCCAAGACGCCAUCGCCAAGGACCAAGAGCUCACCCCUAUCCAAUCCUUCUACAAGGACGCCAACAUCCUGAUCACAGGCGGUACAGGUUUCCUGGGCUGCCUACUGUUGGAGAAACUGCUAAGAUCAUGCACUGACAUCUCGACCAUCUACCUCCUGGUGAGGAGCAAGAAGGGAAAAGACCUGGAGACAAGGGUGGACGAACUGUUCGAGGAUCUGGUGUUCGACAAGAUGAAGAAGGCGAACCCCAAGUUUAGGCACAAGGUCGUGCCCAUCGAGGGCGACUGCUGCCUGCCCCAAGUCGGGCUGAAGGACCAAGAUGUACAGAUGCUCAUCGAUAAGGUCAACAUCGUGUUCCACGUGGCUGCCACGGUAAGAUUCGACGAAAAACUCAAGAAUGCCACGACCAUAAACGUGAAAGCUUCCCUUUACAUCGUGGAAAUGGCGAGGAAAAUGAAGAAUCUGAAAUGUUUCAUGCAUAUAUCCACUGCCUAUACGAACUGCGUGCAACCGUUGAUCCAGGAAAAAAUUUACCCACCACCUUUGGAGUACGAGGAAUUGAUUAAAAUUGCUGACAAUGUACCCGAGAACCUCUUAUGUGAUAUGACAGAACAGAUUAUUGGAGAAUGGCCAAACACCUACGCCUUCACGAAGGCUGUAGCUGAAGAUGUUAUAGCAAAGAAAGGUCGAGGGAUGCCCACAGCCAUAUUCAGACCUUCUAUAAUCAUCUCAACAUACAGAGAACCAAUACCAGCCUGGAUAAACAACAUAUAUGGUCCAACAGGAAUUGCCGCUGCUGCAGGCACUGGAAUUUUGAGAACACUACACUGUGAUCAUACGCUAAACGGAAACAUGAUCCCAGUUGAUAUGUGUGUGAAUUCAUUGAUUGCAGUAGCGUGGGAGGUUGGUACAAAUUACCAAAAGGACAAAGACAAGGCCAUCGAACAAGAAGUACCAGUUUACCAUUACGAAUCAAGCACAGACAGGCCUAUCACGUGGGGUUACUUCAUGAAACUGAACGGUAAAUACGGUCAGCAAUAUCCAACAAUACGAGCCAUGUGGUUCUACUGUUUGACUUUAUGGAAAAACGUAUACAUGUACCAGCUGACAAAGUUCUUCUUCCACCUUAUCCCAGCUCUACUGAUCGACCUGUUCUUCUUGAUCAUUAGGAGAAAACCGAUGAUGUUGAAGAUCUACAAGAAGAUCCACAAAUUCUCAGCUGUGCUAGCUUACUUCACAACGAGAAACUUCAAGUUUCAAUCGAACAGGGUGAAGAAUAUGUUGGACAAUAACAUGACUGCCACGGAUAAGCAGAUAUUCUUCUGCGACCUCAGGGAGCUGGACUGGGAGAAAUUCUUCCAGGUAUACCUGAAGGGUCUGAGGAUAUAUCUGCUUCAAGAUGACCUCUCCUCCUUGGAUCGAGCCCUUGUCAUGUGGGGAAGAUUUCGUAUAUUGCACUGGACACUGAAAACAGUUUGUGCUUUAUUGUUCCUGAGGAUAUUGUGGUAUUUAGUUUCUGUUCUGUGUGGUAUUAUGUUUACAUAAUUUUUAUCUGCCUUUUUUAUUGUGUACUAUGUUAAUAUUUGAUGUAUAUUCCUUGAUAAUAUUUAUUUUAUCCAU